AUGUGGGCGGUGCCGCGGGGCGGUAACGCGCUCUCUGCCUCUGCGCAGAAGCAGGGCUGCCUCGCGGGGGCGGGGCCAGGCCCUCCGAAGCCCGCCCACGGCCGGAGCUCCGGGCGCGAUGACUUGCUGGCCCGCCCCACCUUCGAGCUUCUCCACUGUCCCGGCUGCUACUGGUUUUGCGCUGGAGCUGAGCGGGCGGCUGCAGCCCUGAACUCAGAGGAGCAGGGACGAGGGCCACACAGAAGAGUGGAGACCUGGCCUCCAAGUGGGAGUAACGGCUCACAAUCGUCGCCAGUGAGAUCCCGGCAGCUUGUAAGUCGCAGCUCAGUUCCUUGCCAGCCGCAGGCCUAUGCCCUCCCAGCUUUCCUCGCCUCUACGGUGGAUUAUGACGAAAUAGAAAAUUGGAAUGCUCAAUGGCAGCAGUGGCCACCUGCCUUCCCAGGAGGGUCCCAAACCCUCCAUGGAGUGCCUCAGAGUGAAGGAGGGUUCAGGCAAGGAAGACCACAAAGAUGAUGAAGAAGACGAUGAGGAUGAGGAAGAUUUUGACCAUGAGCCACCGAUUGGAGGUGACUGACUGGAAGUACUUGAGGAUCUCUGAAUGGGCGGCCUCAACAUCCAGCUGGGCUCCAAGCACGUUCUCAUCGAUCCUGGAAACAGCCAGGAGAGAAAAAAGGACAUUGGAUUAAAAAGAAUGCUGAUGACAUCCAUUUAUUGAUAUGAAAAGUUGAUCACAAUGUGUGGAAGUAAAAAAAAAUGUUUCAUAUUAUG